UCCGUACCCUGUCCCCUUCUUCGUCCCGAUUCCCUCGCCCCCCUCUCUCCCUCCCCACCGGCUACCUUCUCAACCGGUCACCGCCAGUCCCUCUCCACACGUGCUGUCUCUCCGCACGUGCCGACUCUCCCCUCCCUUUAGAAACGCCUCCCCCUUCUUUCUGUGGUGCAAUUGGUGCAACAAAUAAAAGUUAGAGAGAGAAAGGGAACCCAAGAUAUUAAAAAGCAUAAAUUUUUUUUUUUUUUUUCUUGGUCUUGGGAGGUGGUAGUAGAAGAAGUGUAUGGUCUUGCACUCUUUCUCUCUCUCUCUCUCUCUCCUUCUCUCUGUGAAAUCUGACCUGAAAGAUCACUUCUGGGUCUGAGUGCGUGAGUGGUCUUGCUUUUAAGCCAGCCAAAAGAAAUCUUUGAUAGAGAGAGAUCAAAAUCUUAUCUGUUGUUGCAGCGAUGAGGAUCCGGAAGAGACAGGUGCCCUUCCCUCUCUCAUCUCUCUCUCCGGUUCCUCUCUCAGAUCCCCUCCUCAACCGGUCUCCGGUGGUGCAACUCCAACUCCACGACCCAAACCCCGCACACCCACUUGCAAAUCUCACCCCGUCAUCCCAUAGCCAUGCCUACUUCGAUAAUCAGCCAUCUGAUCACUCCAAUCAAACGAUCGGAGGAGGGAGAGGCUUUGAUUGCUCUGAUGACGCUGGUGGGCCACACAACGAAGAGAAGAAGUUGAGAAAAGAUUGUUUGGUAUUGUUGCAAGGGGAAGAUGAGAGAGGGGGCGAGGGAGAGAAGAGUAAUGAUUCCAGGAAGGGAUCCAUUCAAGGCGCAGAAACGAUUACUUGGGUUCUUCCGGAAUCAACUGCUACCCACACCCACACCCACACCCACAACCAUCAAGCAUCUGUGAGAUGGUGUGAUGGGGAGAAAGCAUUCCCACCAAAGAAGAGGAGAAGCACAUUUGAGAGGAGAACAAACGAAGAUGAAUUAAUGGAGAAAGAUAAGAAGAUGAAGACUAAGAUGAAGACCAAAAUGAACAAAAAAUGUGCCCAACAAAACGAUAACCAAGAGGAGAAGGAAGCAAAGGAGGGUGUGGAGAUCAGUACGACAAAAAAGAGGGCUCGAGGUGGUGCACUUAUGGAGGGAUCCAGGUGCAGUCGUGUUAAUGGGAGAGGCUGGAGGUGCUGCCAGCAGACCCUUGUGGGCUAUUCUCUCUGCGAGCAUCACUUGGGAAAGGGGAGGCUUCGGAGCAUGACAAGCGUUCGUAGCCGAUCAUUGGCUGGCACUGCACCAAAGAUGGACGAUCAUGAGCCGUUUGAUCCUGAUCAUGAUCAUGAUCAUGAUCAGCCACCACCUACACCUUCAUCGUCUCUUCUGCAGGAAAACAAACCAAAGGAUCAUGAUCAUUCUGUGUUGGAUAAUAAUGAUCAUGGUGAAGAUGAAGAUGAGAAGAAGCCAUUGAUGGUCACAAAGAAAAGAAUGAAGCUUGGGAUGGUGAAAGCGCGCUCCAUUAGCAGCUUGCUCGGCCAAACCAACAACGGCAACACUUUUGGGUGAUUGAAAAAAUCACAACCAAGGUUGAAGGUUUGACGUUUAUGUUACACUUGGUGCAACUUCUUUCAAAUCCUAUUUUGUGUUUGAUAAUAAUAAUUAUUAUUGUUAAUAACAAUUGCUUUAAUGUGUUAAUUUAGUGAGAAUUUAUAUUUUGCA